AGCCGGAAGUGGCCGCGCUGCAUUGUGGGACAACAUGGCAGCCCUGUGUAAGAUUGUGUCCAUGCUCGGGUUCCGGGUCCGGGUCCGGGUCCGGGUCCCGGUCCCGGUCCCGGUCUCCCGGUCUUCCAGCUCGGCCUCCGGCGCGGACAGACCCGGAUCCGGAUCCGGCUUCGCCGCCGCCUUCGACCUGCAGGCGGAGAUCCAGCGGGAGGCCGAGAGCGCCGCGGCCGGCAGCAGCGGCUCCGUCCCCGGGCAGCAGGACAGCUUCGCCUCGCUGCUGCGCCGGUCCCCGCUGGUCCAGAUGGGCCCGGUCCGAGACCAGCUGGUGGUCGGGCGGGUCUUCCACGUGGUGCAGGACGACCUGUACAUCGACUUCGGCGGGAAGUUCCACUGCGUGUGCCCGCGGCCGGCCGGCGGAGAGGCGCUGCAGCGGGGCAGCAGAGUCCGGCUGCGGCUGCAGGACCUGGAGCUCACCGCCCGGUUCCUGGGAGCCAGCACCGACACCACGCUGCUGGAGGCCCAGGCCGUGCUGCUGGGCCCGCUGGAGGGACGGGACAACCAGAACCAGAACCAGAACUGAACGGGGCGGACUGAGAGAUCCUGCUGCAGGACAGGGACCCUGAACGUCUCAUGUGUUCUGGGCUCAUCUUCAUGGUGCGUUCAGGGACCCGCUCUGACCUUUGAACUCUGUAAAAGUCAAAGACAUUAAAUGAAUCUGUUCAGUCACGUGACUCACCUGUUGACAGGUGACGUCAUUCAGCAGCUGUUUGUUGAUAUUUGAAUGUUUCAGUUUGUCAUUAAAUCUUUACUGAACACUUUUACUUUGAAA